CCGGUCUCUGCCAAAUCUUCUGGAUUCUCUCACACUACACACGCACACACGGAUAAAGCCAUUUGGAGGCCGGAGAAAGAGUGCGCCUCCUGCCGGCGAACGCAAGGCAGGGCCUUUCGACCAAGUCGACUCUACGGACUAGCAACAUGGAGCAAGCCGCAAUCAUCCAGGCCCUGCCCAUCACCCCUAUGAAGGAGAAGGAAUCCCAGCGCAGGAAGAUGAGCACUGACGCCAGCAUUAGUCCUCGGGGGCCGGCGAGUUCCUCUCGGUGCACUCGCUCGCAGGCCGCCGCCGACUGGACCACAUACGAGUUGCUCGUCCUCGUGAACGAGACCGCCGCCAUGGACGAGGACUGGCUCAGGGCCCUCUCCUCGUACCAGAAGUGGAAGAUGAUAUCCGACAACUGCGUGGCCUUGGACGUCAUCCGGUCCUCCUACCAGUGCAAGCGGCGGUGGGAGUCGCUGCUCGCCGGGUACAGGAAGAUCAGGGUGUGGGAGUCCAGGCACGGGGAGGGCUCCUACUGGAGCUUGGACAGCGAGGAGAAGCAGCACCUGGGCCUCCCAACUUCGUUCGAUCCGGAAAUCUUUGGUUCCAUGGGCACGAUCAUUAAGCCGCAUGAGGACCAGGCUUGGUGGGGCGACGUCGACUCAGAGAACCUUAUGGAUACCGCUGGUGGUUCCGAAGACCUGAUUGUGACCAUGGAGGCAGCAAUUCUGGAUGCCAAUGGUACUCAAGGUUCCAAAGAGAAUAAUGCAGAGGAUGAGACUCAGAAGAAGAGAGAAAAGGCAAGAGAUAUGGCGAGCAAGCUGCAAGACAAUGCUCAACGGAUACACGCCAUACUCAGAGGAGAGCUGGAAGCUGCAGACAUAGAGUUCACUAGGCGUCAAGCUGAUCAGCUGAUCGAAGCUUUGAGGGAGCUUGUUGGCCCUCUGAACCAGUUUACUGAGCUGAUCAGGGCUGGCAAUUUUGGAGGAAUCAGACUCAUCUGACUCGAUGGCUAUGUGAUGCCCUUGUUUUCCCCAUUUUUGGUUGCAUCAUCUCAGACGCUGUUAAUGAAAAGAAAUCCAUCGUGUUAAGCAUGCUUAGUAGUUUUGUAC